CAGCGCACCUCUCCACCGCACAGCCAGCUUCACCGUGUCCGGCCAUUGUCCUCGCGCCGCGCCCAGUCGCCCUUCUCUGCGACCGCCGGACCCUCCCAGCGUCUCUAACUUCGAGUCCCAAUCCACCGCCGCGAGAGGAGCCCCCCUGAUCCGCUCUGCCUUACCCGUCCGCGCGACGACGUCGUCCACGCCGCCCGAAAGUUGCCAAUCAUGGCCGACAUGAGUGCCGAGUCGAUCCAGCAGAAGAUCCAGAUUGCCAGGCGUGAUGCGGAGGCUCUCAAGGACCGCAUCAAGCGCAAGAAGGAUGAGCUGGCCGACACCACCCUCCGCGAUGUCGCACGACAGCGCGUCGAUGCGCUGCCCCGCCUCACCAUGAAGACGAAGCGCACGCUCAAGGGCCAUCUGGCCAAGAUCUAUGCCAUGCACUGGUCGACCGACCGCCGGCAUCUCGUCUCCGCCUCGCAGGACGGCAAGCUGAUCAUCUGGGACGCCUACACCACCAACAAGGUCCACGCCAUUCCUCUCCGCUCCUCGUGGGUCAUGACCUGCGCCUACUCGCCCAGCGGCAACUACGUAGCUUGUGGAGGACUCGACAACAUCUGCUCCAUAUACAACCUGUCUGCUCGCGAAGGCCCCACUCGCGUUGCCCGCGAACUCUCCGGCCACUCUGGCUACCUCAGUUGCUGUCGUUUCAUCAGCGACCGCCGCAUCCUCACUUCGUCUGGCGACAUGACCUGCGUUCUCUGGGAUCUGGAAACCGGCUCCAAGGUGCACGAGUUCGCCGACCAUCUUGGUGACGUGAUGAGCUUGAGCAUCAACCCUCUGGACGCCAAUCAGUUCGUGUCCGGUGCCUGCGACGCCUUUGCGAAGCUGUGGGAUAUCCGCCAGCAAAAGUGCGUGCAGACAUUCGCUGCCCACGACUCGGACAUCAACGCUAUCCAAUUUUUCCCCAAUGGAAACGCUUUUGGUACUGGAUCCGAUGACGCGUCUUGCCGCCUGUUUGACAUCCGCGCCGACCGCGAGCUCCAGAGCUACACUAUUGGCGAGCCCGUAUGUGGCAUUACUUCGGUUGCUUUCUCCGUGUCGGGACGACUACUUUUUGCAGGCUACGACGACUUCGAGUGCAAGGUCUGGGAUGUUCUUCGUGGAGAGCGAGUGGGCACGCUUCAAGGUCACGACAACCGUGUCAGCUGUCUUGGCGUGAGCAUGGAUGCAAUGAGCCUGUGCACGGGAUCGUGGGACUCAAUGUUGCGUAUCUGGGCAUGAUAAGGCUGCUCUACACUGCAAGAUGUACGACGAUAAUGGUGUGAGCCAGCAGCUUCGGGCUGUAGCUGGUCCAGACACAAAUAAUCCUCAACCUGUAUGCU